AUUCGGCCUCAGGGCAGGGCCCAGGGGAUUGGGGGCAGGGCCCUCAUUUCCUGGGGUCUUUGGGGCAGGAGAUGGAUCCUGGCCUCUGUGUCCUGGCUCAAAUACAGCUGAUUGUCCCCCCCCACACACACACUAAGGACCCCCAGUAUGCCCCCACCCUGAGCUCAGGCCUGACACCCACACCCCUUCCACCUCUCCCCAUUGCCUUCCAGCCAAGCAGAGCAAAGCCAGUCCUAUGCCCAGACCCAGGUCUUGUCCUGGGUAAGGACAAGACCCCUGGUGUCCUGAAUCCACCCCCACCACACACCUUUCAAGGUCACCUUGUUGCCAGCACCCAUGAGAGUUAGCUCUCCACCACCAAGACUUCCCCUUCUCAGUCAAUCCCAGCCCAGGCUAUCCCCCCUCCCCCCCAGGUGCCUUGUGACAUCAGAAAGCCCCUAUGGGCCAGCAGCAGGGCUGGGGCAAACAUGGCCAGAGCUAGUUUUCCACAGAGCUGAAGGAAGCUCAGGCCAGGCGGGUGCCUUGGGGACCCCAGCAACGGCUACGUGGCAGAGGGGGACCCUUCGGUGGCUCUGCGAUGGGGUUGUGCCAGAGCCGGCUCCCCAAGACUGCCACACCUCUCAAACCUGAGCUGAGGGGUAACCUGGCGGGGGGAGGGGGCACCUGGACACCAGAGUUCUGUGCCUCGACUCUGAGGGGAGCAGGAUGAAGCAAUGGGAAACAGGGGAAUCUGGGCAUUUGAUACCCAGGAUGGGGGCGCAAAACAGGACACCUGGGUUCUGUCUCCAGCCUGGGGGGAGGGAGCAGAGGGUCUCAUAGGUUAGAGUCAGGAUGGAGCCAUGAGCCGGGAUGCCUGGGUUCCAUCCCAGGUUAGGGAGAGAAGGGGUCCUAGAUAAAGGAGCAGGGGUUGAUUAGGCACAGAUCUACCCAUCACCUGCCACCUUCAGCAAUGAUGCCUAGAGCAGAGAUGGGCUUCGGGCCCAUACCUGCAUCCCUGGAGCACGCUGGUGGUUGAGCUAGGAGGGAUUGCUCUCAGCAGAUGGCUGGGAGGGGGAGGGAGCUGGGGAACAGCCUGCCCUGGUCCUAGGCUCCCAGCACUGGGGUAGCCAGUGGGUUCAAAUCCGAGCCCUGUGAUCUCCCUCCCUGUCUCUCCCUGCUCCCAGAGAAGCUGAAGGCUCCCAUCAUUGUCUUCAUGGUGGGGGGGCCAGGCUCUGGCAAGGCAACACAGUGCCAGCGCCUGGCUGCCAAGUAUGGCUUCCACCACCUCAGCAUGGGCCGUGUGCUGUGGGAUGAGGCCUGCAAGCUUACCACCCAGGGCCAGCAGAUUCGGGACAUCAUGCUGAAGGGAGCUCUAGUGCCCUCUGGAUUUGUCAUUGACCUGCUGAAUGACAACAUGCUGAAGAACGAGGGAGCCAAAGGAUUCCUGAUUGAUGGCUUCCCCCGGGAGAUCAACCAAGCCAAGGACUUUGAGUUUAUCGUGAGUGUGAUGCCUCCCAGGGCAGGGCUGGGGAGGAGAUUGAGACCAGCCCUCCUGGCCUUGCCCCAGGAUGCUCCACCAACAGAAGCCAAGGACCCAGGCUCCCUCCCUGACUGGGCCCUGGCUAUGCUACAGGCCCGACGCCCCCCCAACAUGGUGAUUGCCUUUGACUGCUCCACCGAGACCAUGAUCCAGCGCCUGCUGCUGCGGGGGCAGACGGGGCACCGAGCUGAUGACCAGGAAGCCAUCAUCCGCCAGCGCCUGGAGACAUACUACUCCCUGUGUGAGCCUGUGGUGGCCUAUUACCACCAGAACAACCUGCUGCGCAAUAUCAUGGGUGAGGAGUCAGAAGACGCUAUCUUUGCCAAGUGCUGCUCCGUCAUCAACAGCCUCCUGUAGCAGAGGCCCCAGCCACCACAGCUGUGCCAGCCACCACCUCCAAUAAAGAUGCUGCUACCAGCCAAUGGACAGUCUUAACUUCAGGGGCCUACACCAGAGAGCGGGCAGCUGCCCACUGCUGGGCUAGGAGGGGCACCAGAGCACUGUAUGCUGCAUGUCUCCCCUGCCCCUGCCUUCCCCAGGCACCUACCUGCACACUUCAGCAGAGGACAGGACCUGGGAGGAUUCUUGCAUCCAGCCCAGGGAUGAGGCUCCAUGGCUAAGGGGAGCAGAUGGAAGCAGCACCAGAAUAGCUGAUUUAUCCCCUCCUUACACCCAGUCACAAGCUCAGCAUAGCUCCAGGGGACAGACCUCAGGAGAGAAGGGUGGGGGCUCUGAUAUACAGUGCUCCUCACUAUCCCACCACCAAGUCACCCCUGUACACCCCCCCCAGCAAAAGCAUUAAGGGACAGGUCCACCUAAGAGACAGGAUCUCUCGGGCUCCUGCCCAAGCUCAGGGAAGGGGGCAUAAGACCAAAAGCUCCUCUUGCACUGGUGGGACACUAGCAAAUGUCAGACACUAGCUCUCAGCUACAACAGGCAGAGGAGGAUGGGGGUACUGGCCUGUGGUGCACACAGCUGUCCCCGCAAGCCACUCUGCUUACAGCAAGGGUGGGGGGUAGCAGCAGGGAAAGGGCCCCAGGAGCCCACCUGGGAUCAACCUAGAUCCCAACUGUAUAGUGGUAAUGCUGCUCUAAACUCUCCCAGGUGGGGCACUAACAGGGCAGGACCAAGUCUGUUCCCUUCAGUAACCCCCACUGAAAGCAGCCCAAAGCCAGGUGCAGAGGUGGGAGUUCUGCCCUCAUCCUCUCAUUCCCAGCUCCAGCCCCCCUUCCCCCACAGGGCUGCCAGCCUAGAUGUCACAAACAGGCAAACCACACAACCAAGAACCCCAGGGCAGCUAGUAGCGGAGGAUUAAACAGAGAGCAUUUCAUAUCACAGAAAGAGGCAACCGCCUGCCUGGCCUGCAGGCAGCUCCGAGUUUGUGACUCCAGGCUCAGCAAAGUUCCCAACCUCCAGGCGCCUCCAGCUGGGCUGGAAGGACAGAUGGACGGCACCCAGCGCC